GGGCGGCGGCGGGACAAGAUGGUGGCGCCGGGCGCGCUCCGCGUGGUGCGGUGCGGGGGCAGCGGCCUGCGCGGCGCCAGGGCCGUGUUCUCCGCCGACUCCAAGUACCUGCUGUGCGCCUCGGGGGACUUCGUGAAGGUGCUCAGCGUGAACACCGAGGAGACCCUGCGGCUCCUGUGCGGCCACGCCGACCUGGUGACCGGCAUCCGGCUCAACCCGCACAACCACAUGCAGCUCUAUUCUUCCUCUCUCGAUGGCACCAUUAAGCUGUGGGACUUCAUGGAUGGCAUUCCCAUUAAAACUUUCACUGUAGGACACAAACUUCUGGCACUGUACACGCUUGCUAGUGCUGAGGACUCAGUGUUUGUUGUCAUUCCAAAGAAGGGUGAACGAGAUACGUUCCAGCUGGUCUCAGUUAAGCUGACAAAAGGAACAGGCCAAGAUCUGGAAGGCAAGGAGCUCUCAGUGGUUCUGGAUGGGGUGGGUGCAUCAACGAAGCAAAUUGCAUUUGGAAGAGAAGGUGCAUAUGUGGUAUCAGUGAAGGAUGUGCAUCUCCAAGUUUAUUUUUUUGAAAAGAAACUGUUGAACAGGUUUUCUUUAAGUACAGUGAAGACAAAAGGAGACAAUCGCUUCAGUUGUGUUGUGUGCCAUCCUAGGGAGGAUUGCAUAGCAACUGGCCAUGCUGAUGGAAAGAUUCGCCUCUGGAGGAAUUUCCAUCACAGGAAAGCGUACACAUAUUCUGCACUGCACUGGCAUCAUGAUAUUGUUAUGGAUCUGGCUUAUUCUGUGGAGGGAACCAGGUUGUUGAGUGGUGGAGUUGAAUCUGUUCUAGUCCAGUGGCACAAUGAAUCUUCAUGCCAGAAGGAUUUCCUGCCUCGUUUGGGGUCUCCUAUCGAGUACAUCUCCAUGUCCUCUGAUGGCGUUCUCUGCUGCACCCUGCACACAGACAACAGAAUUACAAUAAUCAACAGCAACUUACGGUUUUCCAGAAGUAUUCAAGGGCUAAUCAAAAGUAGAGAUGUCAAGACUGGCCUAGUGGUUGAUCCUAGAACCAAAGCUUUGGUCCUGAAUGGAGAGCCAGGCCACUUGCAGUUCUAUUCUCUCCAGAGUGACCAACAGUUGUUCAGUCUGGACAUUGUGCAGCGCCAGUACAUCCAUCAGGCGGGUCUGAAGCAGUCGGACCUGGUGAAGGUUGCGUUCAGCGCUCGGGGCACCUGGCUGGCCACGGUGGAGGAGAGUGAAGAAGUGACUGACCCCGAGCUACAGCUGAAGCUGUGGUUCUACAGUGAAGAGACACAAAGCUUUGCACUGAAUACCAGAAUAAACACACCCCAUGACAACCACAUCACAGACAUGUGCUUUCGUGACAUGGAUGAGCUGGGAGAUGACUCUCUCAUACUGGUAACAACUGGCAGAGACUGUGUGUUUAAAGUCUGGGUGAUGGUAGAAGACUCUGAUCCAGAAGCACACCAUAAUGUGAGUUGGAGCUGUGACUUUAUAGGCAGCUACCACAACUACCAAGCUACAAACUGCUGCUUCUCAGAAGAUGGCUCUUUGCUUGCUGUUAGUUUUGAAGAAACUGUCACUGUAUGGGAUUCACUUACUUGGGAUCUUAAGUGUACAUUUUGCCAUCCACCUGGAAAUAUAAGGAACAUCUGCUUUGGGAGACUAACAUGUUCCAAGUACCUUAUUGGUGCCACUGAUUAUGGCUUUCUGUGUUGCUGGAACCUGCUCACUUGUGCAUUGGAGUGGAGUGCCCACCUCAACAUCGUAAUUCUGCAACCUGAUCCCCUUUCUGAGCAUAUUGCUGCAGUCUCAUGGCUCUCCAAAGAGUCCAGCUUGUUUGUGUUUAAACCAAGUGAGCCACGGCCAAUCUACAUCCAGAGAAAUCUUUGUAAAGAAAAGAUCCUGCUUGCUGCUUUCGUUCCAAGAGAUGAACCUGAAAUGAUAAGCUCAGAAAAAUACCUUUGGCUAAGAAAUUCCCAACUGUUUUUUCUUACAGAUACACAAGAGCUAAUGACACUUAGCACAAAGUCUCUGGAAGAAAGGCUCACGCCAUCAAGCAAACAGCUGGCAGUAGAAGAAAGUCUUCCUGUGACACCAUUUAGUGUACUGUUGGGAAAGCACAGACGUCAGCAAGCACAGGAGGAUAUAGACCUUGGAAAACCAGUUGUUCAUAAUAAGCAGGAGCAAGCUUCACCUGCUGUCAAAGAGCUUUUGCACACUCCAGCACACGUUUUGCCGUCUGCUUCCUUCCUCUGCACUAUAUUUAUUAACUCGUUGCUCAUCUCCAAGGAGAACAAAAGUGCUGAAGAAGUUGCUGAUGAAGUAGAAAUGGAAAGUGAAAAAGCAGAGGAUGAAUCAGAUGAGGAAGAUGUCACAGCAAUGGAACAAGAAGAUACAAGCCAUGUGGAAUUAUUAGGAGAGAUUACAUGUAAACUGUCUAAAUCCCAGGAAAAAGAGCUACGAAAAAUAAGAAAAAUGGACUACAGUUGGAUAUCAGCCUUCUAAACAGACAUCUUACUUUUUUUAUACUGCAAGUUGAAGCUUUGUGGAUUAAAUAUUCUUAAAAAAAAAAAAUCAGGUCCUCUGGCCAAAAAUUUUAGCAGCUUCUCUUUUCAAAGGAAUGCAGAACAAGGGGGAAUGAUUAAAGGUUUGAAAAGCUGAUUCUGCUCUAAGUUUAUUACUGAUUCUCUAUGACCUUAGAAAAUGCUUAAUCUGGUUUGGGGGCUUCCCCUCCCCCCCUGCAAGUGUAUUUAAAAGGCUAAUAGCAAAAUUGAGUUCAUUGUCUGACUUGUGAUCAGUUAACAAAGUGACAGCUCAGCUGCUGAAAAUCGUCCCCACUGAGGCUGGGUUACUGCUGCCAAAGCAGCAGCAGCAGCAAAUGCCUUCAGUUAGUGACAGAGCUUAGCUCAAGAUAUGGCAGGGGAGAUCAGGGUGGUUCUUGCUGCUGUGUACAGGUAACUAACAAGUCUCCUCCCCAGAAGGUCCUCUACAGCUGUUGAGACAGAUGAGAAGUGAUUUAACAGGCCUUGUUAGAGAAUAUAGAUAUAAAUCUUUUGUAGAGUUCACACAGUAUGGAGAUUCUUAGGUGGAGGGCACUCAGUGUAUCAGACCACUAUGAAAUCUUUCCAAAUAUCAAGACCACUGCAUCGUGUAGGAGAUUAAUCAGUUUAUGCAGCAGCCAGGUUAACAGGCCUUUAAUGCACCAGCUGCAAUUCCAAUAUAUCACUUAACUAUGCACAGCACAGUGGAGAAUUGAAGUGGUGAAUUUGAGGGCCUUAGAGUGAAUACAAUCUCUGUGGUGCUGCAGUAUGAAGGCAAGCAGAUGCAAAUGGCACAAGUCACUAAAAGCUCUGAAGAAACAAUAUUUUGUUAAAACUAUUCAGAUCAAAAAUGCUGGAACAAGAACAAUCCAACACUCAGUGAAACCUGAGUUCUCCCUACUCUGCCUUUCCAACAAAGAGGAGGACCCUUUGCUUCCUCUCCUGUGUUAACACCAUAUAGUGGAAGGCAGUUAGUGGCAACACAUAACUUUUUGAGAGGAAGUGUAUCCUACAACAGACAAAAUCUGCCACUUUCACCCAUGUAUAGAAAUACUGAAAUUCAUCCAUAGGCAUCAAGGAAAGCAGCUCAGAAUUAUUUUUCUGGUAGGUUUACCUCUCCCAUUUUAAGAUAAAGGCACUGUUUGCUCCCUUGGUGUGCUGGCAGGUCCAUCAUCAGCUGCUGUGGGGUUAAAGAGGUCCAGGCUGCAGCCAGGGAGGAAUGGAUGUUGUAGCAGCACCCAGAAUGUGGCACAACAGUGACCUGUACAUUUAGGAGGGAGGUACUUUGGGUGUUGGGCCUGCCAUUGUGAGUCUAUGGGGAAAGUCUUAAACCCUGAGAGGUGGAAAUGCUGUCAUAGAGACAGGGACACCGAAAAGGGCUGUUAAAAACAAUUCUACCAAUAGGUUUGAGUGCUGCCCUCAGGAAAAAAAAAAAGCCAAAAACUGCUUUAAAACCUGUUGCUACAGAAAAUUACCUUUUAAUUCUGUAAGUUCACUAUUAUUGAUGUUAAAGCAUGGAUGUGAGGAUAUGAAGAUACUUUAGAAGACAACAUUAGUUUCUGUAAAAAGCUUUGGGAUGUCUGCCACACAACUUGAAUUGAGUGAUGAUGAUAGUCCCUUGCACACUCUUUAUGUUUCCUCCUAAUCAGACAUGAAUGUGAAAAAUAGUUCGGUGAUCCAGUUUCAGCCUCAACUAGCUAGGGCUAACUUAGUUGCAUGGCAGCAAGGGGCUCCUGCAUCUUCUCAUACAAUAAAGUCAUGUGAAGUCAGCUCUUCAGACUACCAUUACUUACAACUGUGAGGCAGGUUUUCUUCUAUCGUAGAUCACUUACUAGGACUAGUAUUACUGAGAAUUUUAAGGAAAGUUUUUAAUCAUUAGGCAUUUUUCUUUCCUGUUUAGGCCCUUAGUAUGCAGAAAAAUAACAUUUUAAAACCUGUACAAGUUUUCCAAAGUUAGUUUGCCUGUAAGUUCAUGCCUCUUACUUCUAUCACACUUACAGGGAGAGAAGGAAAACAUGGCCUAUCAUAAUUCUGGCCAGUUUUCUGCUUUUGUAUUUUUCUCCCUUUGUAUAACAGCUUUUUAGAUAACCUCAUGGUAUAUGCAGCUGAAGCAAAAAAAAAAUCACAGCUCCCCAAAUGUUAGCAAUUUUCAUUUCUGUCCCUCUUGCCUGCAGAGCUGAAACUGAUACCGCCUUUUCAGAACCUUGGACCCAGUGGAUUUUUCCCUAAAUGCAAAGUUUCUACAGAACAAAUAGAGAAAAUUAUUUAAGACUGUAACUGACAAAUACUAGGUUUUGAAAACUCGGAAACAUUAGAAAGUACAGGAAAAUAAAAAGUACAUAUAGUCUCCCUCCAAAAUAUGCAUCAUACUAGGAAAGACACACUGAAAGGUUUUUGUAUUUUUCCUUAAAUAGCAUCAGACUUCAGCUCUGUGAAAAAACAAGUAUGAGUUAAUCAGGAAUCUAUACACAUGUUGUUGCAAAAGUGCUGCAUUAAAGCCUGGUGGUGGUACUGUGUCAGCAACAUUUAAGUGUGGCUUUAAAGGAGGAAACCUUAAUAUCUGUUCAUGUGGGGUUUUUUGAAUUCACAUGUUCCUGUGAAAGUCAAGUGCUUUCCUGGAAGCCAAGCUGGUAUGAGCAAGAGACAGCUCACGUGCAAGUCAGCAUGUGAAGGUGCAGUUCAGUUUUGUGUUCAGGUAGUAGUGCACUGUGUUAGAAAUCUUCAGCAAGAUACAGCUUUUAGACUUAAAUCUUUUGUCAUUACUGACUUGGUUUUGCUUUUCCUAGCAGACUGAAUGUACUGGGAUAUCAGAGGGCCCUCACUUUGUCGUUCCCUGUGUGUGUUUUUUCUGCUCAAGAAGGAAAUACAUUUCUGGUUACAGUUUUACUGCAGUUAAUAGGCACAUUCCUGACCAGCCUUUUAGAAAAUGCCUUCUGUCUGAUACUGCAAUUACAAGAAUAAAGAAUGCAGAGGGA